GAGUGCCACGUAUCUUUAUUGAUCAGGAAAUUAACUCAUAGCCUAUCAGAACACUGUUGGUGGGGAGUAGCAGGAUGCACCGCAUCGAUUCUUUGGAUCUGGCGGGAUGCCACAAACGUCAUCUCAAGCCUUCAAAACUGUUCAAAGCCAUAAGAAAACAAGGACUUCUGCCCAAGCAGGUACAGAAUUUAAGGACUUGCGAUUAUGUGGAUCCUUCCCGUGACCAGGGGCUUGGAGAUGCCCCUAGCCGCGUCUUCAAGACUCCACCUGAGACGCUGCAGAGAUCUGUGAAGCAAGACCAGGUUCUGCCUAUUCAGCAUUUCGCUUACAAGACUGACUGGAAGGAUUACCUUGGGCCUUUUGACAUGGGGGUGACUUAUACUGUUAGCAUUUAUAAAUUUGCCAUGAAAAAAUGGCAGAGAUGCCUGAGAACCACGUGGUUGAUGGACAAGGAGGCGGCUGGCCUUGUCUGGGGACUCCUGGCACUUGUGUGCCGAGAGACCAGAAGAGUGAUGGGUCAGCAUAUUGCCAAAUUGCUCAUAUCAAACCCACUGGCCUUUGAGAAGGAUGAGAAUCUUCUGUCCUCUGGCGAAGGACACCAGGCCCUUGUCAACCUCAUUAUCUUUGGCAAAAAAGAAGAAGCUGAGCAAUUAGCCAAGAGGGAUGCUCUGUGGGACCAUUGGGUCAUCCUGAAGGGCUUUGCCAAAGGCUCAUGUGAUGCAAUUGUUCUGAGGCUUAUUGAACACCUAAAAGCAAAUGACCCCAUGAAGACCUAUUUUCAAAUCUUGAUGGGAAAAGUUCCAGCAGCAGCUUGUGAGUGGGGCAAGAACAGCUGGGGUGAUUGGCGCCCCCAUCUGGCCAUGGUUCUUUGUUAUAUGAACCAAAAUAUCCUGAAGAAGGAUAUCAUGGAAACAAUGGCAGAGACCUUGGCAUCACAUGGAAAGCCCAACUCUGCAUAUCUCUGUGAUAUAAUAAUGCAUUUGCAUUGUGGCAUAUUUCUGGAAUGGUCUAAAUUGCGCAUUAGGGGAAUCAGGAGCAGACCAUUCCUGAGAUCGACCAGGGCAGCAGUCGAGAGGAUGGAGGUCUAUGAUUAUGUGCUGGGCCUAAGAACAGACCAGCCGUUCAUCUCAGAGUAUCAGCAUUAUAGAACACUGUACUCCAGGAUGCUGUUGCGAGCUGGCUACAUCCAGCAAGCGCUGCAUUUCUGUGAGUCAGUGGGAACAACGCUGAUAUACUCAGCAGAUGUCAACCGUCGAUUUCUGGCGGACUUUGUGAAGCUCUGUUCAGAAUUCCAUGUCAGCCAGCGGGACUUUAUUGCGCCGAGGUGGAUGUACAUCCUCAGGGACAUGGCAGAGAGGAUUAUUUUGAACAAAGAACACAGGAGUGCUGCCAUCAAGGCACCUGAGGACGUCAAGGUUGUAGAGGCUGAAGUGGCCCCAGAGAAGCCUGGCACUGCCACCACCUCUCCUGACCAUCAGUCUGGCCCUGGCACUGCUACCACCUCUCCUGAUCAUCAGCCUGACACUGCCACCACCUCUCCUGAUAAUCAGCCUGACACUGCCACCACCUCUCCUGGCCAUCAGUCUGGCCCUGGCACCAUCACUCCGGACCACCAGUUUGACCCUGGCACUUCCACUUCGGCCCAUCAGUCUGGCUCUGGCUCUGCCACCACCUCUCAUGCCCAUCAGUCUGGCUCUGGCUCUGCCACCACCUCUUCUGGCUCUGCCACCACCUCUCAUGCCCAUCAGUCUGGCUCUGGCUCUGCCACCACCUCUUCUGGCUCUGCCACCAACUAUCAUGCCCAUCAGUCUGGCCCUGGCACUGCCACUCCGGACCACCAGUCUGGCACUGCCACCACUUCUCCUGGUCACCAGCCUGGCACUGCCACCACUUCUCCUGGUCACCAGUCUAUCACUGCCACCACUUCUCCUGGUCACCAGUCUGGCCCUGCCAUUUCCUCUCCUGACCAACAGUCUGGCCCUGCCAUUUCCUCUCCUGACCAGCAGUCUUGCUCAACCACCACAGAAAAAACAAAAAAAAAGAAGAACAAGGGAUGCUUCGGGUGGCUCAGCUGCUUUAGAUGCUUCUGCUUCCGCAGAAAAAAGAUGCAUUAGCACCCAUAUGAUGAAACACACACAGGCUGAGAGAGAGCAGGGACAAAGAAAGGCUAGAGAUCAUCUUCUACCAGCAGCUGAGAUACUCAUAUCAGACACAUCAUUAAAUCAGAAAAAGAUCAGAGUGUGGUGUUUUAUGUCCUGAUGCUAAUAAGGAUUCAUUCAGAAUUGGUUGUACCCUUCUAAAAUACUUUGUUAACAUUACAUGAGGCAUACACUGUUUGUUCAAUCUCCAAUACACUCUUAUGUGUUUUUAAGUAUAUUCUUUCAGUCACUUGCCUUCAUUUUGAUAGGACAGUGAGAAGUGACAGGAAGUAAGUGGAAAAGAGAUGGGGUGGGAUUGGGAAAUGACUGUGGGUUGAAUUUGAACCCGGUCCCUCUAGGCCCUGGGACAAGAAUGUGGUACGAAUGCUGUACAGUUGCCCCUCAGUCAUGUGUGUUAACAACUUCAUCAC